GAAAGAAGCCUCUUGUGUAUGCGACGUGUAAACUAAUUUCCCACUUAUUCCCACCCUCCAACCCAUUGCCUCUAUUCCACACACUUCAUACCAUUUCAAACACGCUCCACCUUCUCCAAUUUCUCUCUUAUUUCUUUCACAAACCCAAGUUAAGAUUACAACACAUCAAAGGAAACAAAUCUUCACCUCUUUUUAUCUCCCACUGCAUGAAACAAGACAAGAACCCUCCUUUCAUGGCUCACCAAUCUGAAGCAGACCAGAUAAUUCCUUCUCAGCCAUUGGAACCUAAAGAUCAUCAUGCCAACAUGGAGCAGCAACAAGAAAAAGAAGAAGAAGAAGAAGAAGAACACAAUAGCAUUGAUGCUAGAGAGAAAUAUAAAGAUAGUUCCAAAGUAACAUCACAAGACCCUUGUGCUUCGAAAAUAACGGAGAAGGAAAUAGGAGUAGCAGCAUUGGAGGGAGAGGAUAGUGGGCGUGAGAAGCUGAAGAGGCAUAGAAUAGAGGUAGCUAAAAGGGUUUGGAUUCCAGAGAUAUGGGAACAAGAGGAGCUCUUAAUGGAUUGGAUAGAUUGCACUGCAUUUGAUGCUUCUUUGGUUCCAAGCACAAUCACAACCGCACGUGCUGCUUUGGUUGAACAAGAUCGAAGAAGAACAACCAAGGCUACUGCUGCUUCUGCUGGACUAAGAAUAGAGAACAGAUUAGCGAAAAGAGCGGUAAUGCGCGGUGGUUGAGCAUGAAACACGACGGUGCACCGUUGACAAGGCGAUGACGACGCUAGAGAGCUUCGUUGUCGGCGAAAAUGGCUGCAUGCUAGAAUAAGGGGCAGUGAAUAGCUGCGGUGGAAAAGGAUUUAGAUUAAGAGAGGGUAAAAUUAAAUAAAAAAAAAUAAAGAGUGAAAAUAUAAUCAGUUAUUCACAUUGUUCACAUCUCCUGAUUUCUACCUAAGGACACUCAUUAGUUCGAGUUCGAAAUUCUUAAGAAUAUAGUUGUUCCUUUGGUCU